GCUGCGGAUGCGUGUCAUCAUUCAUCACACGAGUGAAGGAACGCGCGGAUUUUUCCCCUGAAGUUCUUCAGUUGUUUAUUCAGGAGGUAGAAAUCAACUGUUAGGUUUGACUUGCAAUUUACAGUACUUAGAUGAGGUCUGUAUGUCCUGUUUAGCAAUGGACCGUAACAAAAAUGUUGACAGUUUUCCGGAGACGUCCCUUGUCCUCCUUACCUUCCUUCAGCACAAAAGCUGCCAAAAUGACCUUGAUGAUCUCAAUGAAAAUCUAAGAUGGAACACCAACCACAAUUGCAUUGAGAGUGAUGAUGAGUUACAAACCGAUGGACACAGUUUCGACUAUAGAGACCUUUUACAGGAUCUUCAGCACCAAGUUCAGCCUCGUCUGCCAGUCAAUGCUGAAGAGGCUCAUGCAGCAAGGGAAAUGGCUGCCGAGCUGAUCAGAAUUGCAGACUUGUUGGAACACGGAGCCCUCUCUCAAGCUGCUGACAGUCUAACCAAGAAACUCAAAAUCUCUCCUUUGCAGGUUUGGUCAGACCAUCUUUCUGUAGGAGUAAAGAGUUUGCUUCACCAAGUGCCUGGUGCCAGAGAGUUUAACAAAGAACUUGUGGAGAUGGCCUUUACUUUUGCUCUUACGAAGACGGUCUGUGAACGUGUGCCCCGUUUUCUCUUUCAUCUAUAUGAUGUUGUGGUUCAGUAUUUCAUACCCCAUAGCCCCCAAUGAUCUUUUUCCAGAGCCAAUGUACAUUUGUAUAUCUUUUCACUCCGUAAGAAUGAACGACCAAUGUAUUUUUGUGUGUUAAUGUCACUUUCAAUAAAAAAAUGUUUAUCAUCCA